AUGGCCUCAAUGCGCUCGUUGAUCGCUACUCUCGUUGUAAGCGCGCCUUUAGCAAGUGCGCUGUACAUCAAUGGUAGCGUAAUUGCACCUUGCGACUCGCCCAUCUACUGUUAUGGCGACUUGCUUCGCGAAAUUGAACUCGCAAGGCCAUUUGAGGAUUCAAAGACGUUCGUUGAUCUACCAACAACGCGCCCGCUGGACGAAGUGCUUGCCGCAUUUGCCAACCUCUCGAGACCAAUUGAGAACAAUACAGCGCUGAACGAUUUCCUGUCCGAAUACUUUGGCGAAGCCGGCUCAGAACUAGAAGAAGUACCCAAUGAUGAGCUAGAAACCCAGCCAGACUUUCUCGACAACGUCAACAGUUCUGUUGUUCGAGAUUUCACACGCCAGGUUAUCGACAUAUGGCCUGACUUGACACGUCGAUAUGUUGGGGCUGGAAACUGCUCUGACUGCGUCAACUCUUUCCUUCCGGUCAAUCGUACCUUUGUGGUAGCUGGUGGUCGAUUCAGGGAGCCAUAUUACUGGGACUCAUUCUGGAUCAUUGAAGGUCUUCUUCGUACUCAGGGAUCGUUUACUCAGAUUGCCGAGAACAUCAUCGAAAACUUCCUAGAUCUUGUCGAAGAUAUUGGCUUCGUGCCAAAUGGUGCCCGUCGCUACUACGAAAAUCGAUCGCAGCCACCACUACUUACGCAGAUGGUUCGUAUUUACGUUGAGUAUACCCAGAACUAUACUCUGCUCGAGCGGGCGAUACCUAUCCUGGAGAAGGAGUAUGAUUUCUGGGUGAAUAAUCGUACCGUGACACUCGAGCGCGCUGGUAUGAACUACUCCCUGAACCACUAUGCCGUGUCGAACACGCAGCCACGACCUGAGUCCUACUAUGAGGAUUAUGUGACUGCCAACAACGCGACUUACUUCAACGAAGAAGGCGAGGAGUUCAACGCUACGCAGCCACUCAAUGAGACCGAAAUAGCGACAUUGUAUUCCAAUCUUGCAUCGGGUGCAGAGAGUGGAUGGGACUAUUCAGCGCGCUGGAUUGCUAACCCAUCCGACGCUGUCACCAAAACAUUCUUCCCUCUCCGCUCGCUCAACACUAUUGAGAUCAUCCCGGUAGAGCUCAACUCGAUUCUUUACUACAACGAGAUCACGAUCGCUGAGUUCCACCGCCACCAAGGCAACUACACCGCUGCACGCGAGUGGGCUGGCCGAGCUGCAAACCGUAGCGAGGCAAUGACUACCUUCCUUUGGUCACCUGAGCACUACAGCUACUUUGACUACAACUUAACCUCCAGCAGCCAGAACAUUUACACCCUGGCCGACAACACAAGUACGCCACUUGCGCUUCAAGGAGCACCGCCUGGACAACAAAUAUGGUUCCAAAUCUCUCAAUUUUAUCCCUUCUGGACAGGUGCCGCUCCUGAUAGCAUCAAGAAUGACCCCAAAGCAAUGAGGCGUGUAUACGCACGAGUUGAAGAGCUUCUUGAAACCCGAGACGGUGCGAUUGCUGCAACGAACCUUCAGACCGGCCAGCAGUGGGACGAGCCAAACGUCUGGCCUCCACUUCAAUACAUUCUUAUGCAAGGUCUGCUUAACACGCCCCUCGAGGUCAGUGAGGACGACGACGAGCAGUCAACUGAGGACUACAUUUGGACGCAAGACCUCUCCCUCCGCCUUGCACAGCGCUACCUUGACUCGUUGUAUUGUACAUGGCGUGUCACCGGUGGCGCGACCGACGAGGUGCCGCAACUUCCUAACUCUCAGGGCAAUGGAACGAUCUUCGAAAAGUACGCUGAUGAGAGUACCAAUGCUGCUGGAGGGGGCGGAGAGUACGAAGUCGUGGAAGGUUUUGGUUGGUCGAAUGGUGUUCUCAUUUGGGCUGCUGAUCAGUUCGGACAAAGGUUGACAACACCUGAGUGUGGAAACAUUACUGCAGCUGACAUUGGGGGCGGAGAUGCGAAGAGGAAGAGAAGUGCAGUGGAACUAAGCAAACGGGAUGCCAGGUGGAUCAAGAAAACGAAAGGGACAAGAAAGCUGAGGUAUUAA